GACAUCUCACCCGAUGACAGAUGCAUUUACAGCAGGCGAUGAACUCUGUCGCGGAAAAGCUACUAAUUGUUGUGCCACGCAACUCCUUGACUUGUCGUCUUCAUCUCUUCCCCCAUGACAUCCCUCGCUGUGCCCUCCGAGAUUUGGUUGCUCGUCGCAGAGCAUCUUCCGGCGCAGACUGUUUCUGAACUCUACGCCGUUAACAGUCAAUGGUUCGACAUCGCGAUGGAUGCUCGCUACCGACAGAUCAGCUUUUCAUUCGUGAAUCGUGGGAUGGUACGAGAUCUGAGUCGACUACGGGAUCCUCUGGUGGCGCGCCGUGUCCGUACACUACAUAUUCAUCCCUACUUCGUCAAGCAGGUCCUCGAAAAGUCUCACGAACUUGCUUUCCCUCCACCCCAUCACCAUUCGUUCCGGGGUAAAUUCAAACUUGCACACCUGUUUCGCGAACAGAAACGACUACCGCGAUGUCAUGCCCGGGCUCCAGCUAUGCUUGGGCUAUCCACGCCACAAGAGCUCGUGCGGACCAUGGUCGAGGUCAUUCUAGGCCUACCGAACGUAACACAUUACCACAUUGCGUGGAGCGGCCUGCAUGCCAUCCAUGACGUUCCUGUUCCUUUCCUCGUAGCGGGUUUCCAGCCUUCAGUUCGCCGACUGAGCCUCGAGAUCUCACUAGAGAAGACUGUCGAUCUCCUUGCAUAUUCUUCACGGCUCGAGAAACUGGAGGAGUUGAACCUGCUGAUCCGACUCGAUCACACCUUGUCGGCGGAGACAUACGAUCGGAUUCUCGUCGGCCAUUUGGCUCCCGCGAUCAACCGGAUACGUGCAUCCUUGCGCAAGCUCUCUCUCCGCUUAUGUCAACCGUAUGACAUGACACCGCUUUUCGACACUCUCGAAAGCCUGCCUCAUUUGAAGGACUUGAACGUCUCGAUUCCCCUCGCCCGUCCGCAUCUGGGCCACCCAUCUGGCCUGGGGAACUUUUUGGAUCGGCAACGCUUUUUCUUGCGUCACCUAGUUCUUCGCGGUUCGGAAUUGAAUGGUGACGGUCUCACGCUCGCUGAAGAUCCCCUUUCCGAGUGGAUGAACGACGCAUUAUCUUACAUCAGUGGCCCUACGAAACUGCGCACUCUGGAAGUCGGUCUGGGCCUGCUCUCUGUGGAGACUGCUGUGAUGUGUCUGGGACGAUUUGCACAUACACUUCGUUCGCUGAUGCUCACUGGGAGGCAUCUCACCUACGACUGUGUCGAUGACUUGCUCAAGGCGAUGCGGCGUGCAGGUCGUGGCGGUGCUCGGUUGGAGAUACUUCGGCUCGGGACCGUUACGCUCAGUCCUGAGCUGGUGGAUCUUCUCGCCGAGAAGUUGCCAUCGCUGCAGCGCCUCGAGUUGCUCGUGCGUGACGUAGUCAGCAGUGAAGGCGAUCUUCCUCUGUACUACGACAGUGUCGAGCAGGAUGAGAGUCAGAUUGGUGCUUUCUUGAUGCAGAUGGAGCAGCGUCGGUAUACCCAAUGGACCCUGAAUUCGUUGAAUUUGUCCAAGUCUGCAUUCCCUUAUCAAUUCGAGUAUGCGGCAGAUUACAGAGAUGUUUUUCUGGCCUGCGUCCCCUCAUUAGCAUUAGUUGAAUAAUCACAAUAAUUACAUCUGUGCAUGACAAUGUGCUUCGUGUGGUUUCUUAGGCCGCCGCCGCUCAUGUGAUCUGGUAGUGUGCAAAGAUAAGGGCAUUGUGAUCAGCCACUCGCCAGUGCAUUCCGCAGUUCAGGCGGAAUUAAACAUGCACUUGUCAGGUGUCGACGCGUUCUCGAGAGCGGGAGCGACGUGGAAUUGACAUUUGUGAGUGUACAAUCCAUGACUGACUGACUUCUGGAAUGCAUGUGCAGAAACCAAGCUGGCACUGUCCGUUCUCGACAUAGCACUCGCAAGUCGCGAUCGAGUCGGCCGCCCGGUCGCAGAUAAUGUUGUUUGCCGAUGCGCCAUGCCCCGGACACGAGGAUAUUUACUCUCACGAAUCACAUGCGUAGACCGAUCUCGGUCUGAUAUGUAGGCUCUGCUCGGCCAGAGGUGGCGUCUUAGAAUCCGGCAUAGCGCCGUUUAUCAAAAUUCAUAGUGUGGAUAGUCCAGGAUGUGGACUAGCUGGAGGACUGCUCGGGAGCAAAGCAUGAGCAUCGGGUGGAAAGCGGCUGCGGGGGGGAAUCUCGGGACUCGGGCGCUCCCGGUCCGUUUUGCUGGCAGAUGCCGGACGGCGAUCAGAAAGAUGACGGCAGCUGAAAGUAAAAAAAAGGCCGGUCGCGAAAAGCAGCCAUUUUCGACAGAGCAGAACGGAUGGACGGAGAAAGGAUGUUGAAAGAAGCCCUGCGGAAGAGGACAGCACGUAUCAAACGAAAACAAGAAGAGAGGUUCGAGAUGCGACCGUGAGAAUCAACGGAAGCAACUUGUUAGCGCGAUUAGAUUUGGGCUUGGUCCUGUCUGAACGCAACGCUACCAUACUGCUCCCCUGCUCUGCGGCUGACAUGGACUACGAAUACAGCCAGCGCUGGCAAGGCCAAACCCAGCCUUCGCCGCCGCAGCCAAACUACUACCCCGGUUUCCAGCAGUCCGGUCUUUCGUCGGGCGCUGUCCAACAACAAUCGGGUCUUCAGUCUGGCGGGAUCCAGUCGAGCGGGCUCCAGAGCGGGUUAAACAGCCCUGGUUUACAGAGCCCAAAUAUCUCCCCCGGUGUAGCGACGUCGCUCCAUAGAACGUCCUCCUCACUAUCGCUCAACCUGUCCUCGCUGUCCGUCGCGUCACCGACCGCGCUGAGUCCGAUUGUUCCCUCUUCCGGGGCGACGUCAGCGCUGAGCAGUGGAACACCCAUCAGUCCAGCGACAUACACACAUGGCCACCACCUCCAUCCCUACCAGUUCGUGCCGCCAUCAGACGCGCCGGACGGCCAUAAUCACGGACACCCGUACGAGCACGAGUCGAACGCGGGGUACGAAGGGGUGGGUGUCAACGUCCCUUCCUCGCCGCACUCGACGACUUCCACGCUGCCCCGCAAGCGGUCUUUUUCCGCUGACCCCGGGCCUGGGCCGAUGUCAACAUCGCGGUCGCACACCCCCAGUAGCAGUAUCAGCAUUUCCGGGCCGCCUGCACCCCCGUCGCUACGCAUCACGACAGAUACGGAGAGUUUACGCGCGUCGUCGCCGACCGUCGCGAGCGCGCACCCGACGAGCGCCAGCUACGAUGACAUGGAUCUCGGACUCGUGUCUGCUUAUGAUGCGACGUCUUCACCGAUCGAUGGGUCUGGUUCGAGUGGGGAGGAAGCAAUGCUCUCCGGGGGACCGCAGUCCAUGUCUUCUAUGCCCCAUUCCUCUGCCGGCGGCGGCAAAAUCAUCGUCCCCAGCCUGGUGCCGGCCAUGGGCAUCUUGGGGAAACCGUUGGCCACCAACAACUUUGUGACCAAGUUGUAUCAAAUGAUCAACGACCAAAAAUCGGCGCAUUUCAUUGCGUGGACCGAGCUGGGGACUUCCUUCGUCGUGAGCAACGUCGGGGAGUUUAGUCGGAGCAUCUUGGGCAGUCACUUCAAGCAUAACAACUUUUCGUCGUUCGUGCGCCAGCUGAAUAUGUAUGGCUUUCACAAGAUCAAUCGCACCCCGAGGGCGCAGCGGACGACGUCGGAUGCUCAAACGUGGGAGUUUUCUCACCACAAGUUCCUGCGUGGCCGUCCGGAUCUUUUGGAUGAGAUAAAACGCAAAGCGCUUGAGCCUGAUCCUGCUCAGAAACAUCGCGUGGAGUUGCCUGGCGAGGUGGCCGCUCAGCUGUCCUCUAUGAGGGAAGAUAACCAGCGCAUGUGGGAACAACUGAACACCGAGCGGCGACGCGUAGAGCGGCUUAUUAGUGUCGUCGGCAAAUUGUGGGAUAUCGUUGGGAAAGGAUUUGCGCCCGGGACAGUUCCUCAAUUCCCGAUGGAGAUGCUUGAGCCCAACAUCUUCGUGACCUCUCCGAGAACUGGUUAUGACGCCAGUCCCCCGGCGACUGAAUACCAGCCCUCAGCGCAUUCCCAUCCGCAUUCCCAUCCGCAUCCGCACUCUCACUCGCAUUCUUUAUCGCAUUCGGUGCAAACCCCGAGCCAUUCCCAUUCGCUUCCGACUCCCCACCUGUCGAGACAAUCUUCCUUCCCGCAUCUCUUCCGAUCCUCCGGGUCUGCUGGUGACAAUUCUCCGCUGCCGGCAUCUCCCAGUGAGAUGAGCAUGUCAGUUGAUGUUGAGUUUGAUGACCGCGGCGACGGUCACGGGGAGAGCGGACGGAAGAGACAGCGGAUGAUGUCUGCAGAUGAAGCUGGGAUGGGAUCCAUGAGUGUCAAUGUUUCCGGACUGGGAAUGAGCGGACAGCAGCAUUCGGGUAUGAAUGGCUCGAACACAGCCAGCCCCCAUCCCCACCAUGCCAACUCGAUGGAUUCGUUGUCUCCUCCGAAGCCCAGAGCCAGCCGGGCUCGGAGCGAUAGUGCCCCUCUCGGCGGCGGUGCGUACAACAUGCACACCGGGGGCUCUGGUCUCGGGCCAUGGUCUGGAAGCUCGAGCGGGCGGCCCAGAAGCGGAAGCGGCAUGGCCCAUGUUGGAGUGAGCCGCAUGGGCAAUAUUUCCGGCUCGCAGAGGACUGCGCCAGGUGGCGCUCUUAAUCGCUAAGCCUAAAAUGGGGUCCAGGCCCUUGAGCCUGGUGCCCUCAAUCUUUUGUUUUCUGAUCUGCUCUCGUCCUGUUUUCCUCUUGUACGUUCACUCUCCACUACGCUCUUGCGGCUGUACUCCUGGAUCACCACCUUCUUGUUCUACGCGCCUAGAAUUCCAACAUACCAACCACUCUCACCCCUUUGCUUUUCUCUCCUUCCUCCCCACAUUCGUUCUUCAGGGCCUCUCGACGACAACAGCUACAUCGAUAUCCUUGGAUCUCUCGGUCGGAUGGAUCUGGUUGCCGUUUAAAACACAAAAACAAAGAAACGGACUUCAUCUGUGCAGUGUAUAUAUGUACCUAUCAACUUACCCCGGUUCUCCUUGCGCGGAGUCAAAAAUAUACUGUAGCACCAGCAACCAUGCAGUUUUCUUUCCAUCUCUUUAUCUCGAUGCGAUGUCUGCCUGGCCCAGAAGCAAUCCGAUGUCGCUCGCUCGCUCGCCGAGACCACGGGGCUUCAAAUUAAUCGCUAUCAAUUAGAACCUCCUGAGCCGAUGAGUACGCAAAGUAUGAUAUCCCGUUCACAAGUUCCAGCUUCAAAGGGCGAUGCACCGAGAAGAGGGUGGCGCUCAAAAAACGCCGGUUGUGCCAAUCGGAAGCAGCGAGCCCAGCGGCAUGAGCCUUCCGGAGCAACGCAAUUAUGGACGACUAACUAGCUGACUCGGAUAAUGCGCGUAAGCACCCAAGACGAUCGGCACCAGGACACCGCCUUUUGGACACGAGAAACGACUUGCACGGAGCCAGCAUCUCCCUCUUACCUUCGCUGCUCGACAUGUUCAUUCCAAGGGCGUUAGGAACCGGAAACUCCUCAUCCGGUCAUGCAUCUCUGUCCACAUGGGUCAGCGCCAGUCCCCUUUCCCCGCCCUUCUUUGUUCACGUUUCGCGCAGAUACCUGUUGCGGUCGUCCUCGGCAUCCUGGUCGUGCUGUCUAUUAUAGUGUGCUCAAGGAAAACUUACCGCGCACGUAUAAUGUCGCUCGGGAGGGGCGCUGGGGGCGACGCCACUGCGACCACAGCCCGCCGAGAGAUUACUGCGGAGCAGCUGGUCGGGAGUAUUAAUCACGCGCCCGGUGCUCCGCCGCGUCGUCCGCGUCGUCCGCGACGAACGCCGUCCCAGAUCAGCACGGUCUCUUUGCCCGCUUACAUGAAAGAACCCGGCGAACAGGAACUGGUCGUAACGAGAGGACCGGACGGCGAAGAUGUCCCUAUGCCCACUGCCUCUGUAGACGAGGAGGAAGAGGACGAAUCUAACGAAGACCACGAAGACGGAGCUGCUCCCCGCCGUUCGACUCUAGACAACUCACGAUACACGGACAUGCCCCAUCCUCCGCACGACAGCCCUUUGCUUGGGACGGACGUGCAGGAUCUGCGGGGUGAAGCUCCGGCGUACUCUGAAGAAUACCCGCCCGGUAUUGGAUCCCCUGGUAUUUCUGUCGCGCCUCCCCAAGCCGAACUUUCGCCAUCGGUCCAACGGCGGUCCGGUUUCUUUGCGAUGUUCCGUCCAGCGCCACUGGUCGUUCCUGUACCCCCUACAGACGAGCCGCUCUCGUUGACACACACGCGGACGCGCUCGACGACCAGGCUGGGCGCAUCGUCGCCUGAGCCAACAGCGUCACGCCACCGUCCGUCGACAUCGACGUCCACGCUCUUCUCCCUGCGGCGCAACAAAUCGGUCACGUCUCUCUCGGGCGCCAAUCUGACAUCGCCCUCGAUGAUCUCUCUCGCAUCCAUCUCUGCGCCCCUGUCACAUACGCUGGUCAAAACGGAAUUCAGCGCCUUGCCACGGGGCGGUCUGACACCUGACCAACUCAAAAUGAUCAGCGGGACGAAAGAAGGAGGAUUGGCCAAAUUUGGCAUGCCGUUUGGAGAUGCUGCCACGGCCUACGCCAGCUCCAGUCGCCUCGAUCUGGAAUUGGAAGGAGUGCCGCCGCCUGCUUGGGAAGACCAACUCCCCGUCGCCGGGCCGUCGGUCGAAGACGACGCUGAGGAGGUCGCAUUGACCGUGCCCUCCCGGACCGAAUCCCGUUCCGAGUCCCGUGCCAGCGACAUGUCACUGCAGACAUUUGCGACUGCUGAACAACCCGACACGCCUGCGGCAACGACCUCUGACCACACACAAGAGUCCACUGAUGCGACCGUUCGGCCUGCCUGAGAGCAGCGCCGCCCCAUUUGCUUGACGGACUAAUUUUGCUUCAUCUAUACGACGCCGAUACGAUCACGCGCUACCUGUAUCUUCCUCACCUGUAUGAUAAUUUCCAAUGUAGAAUCGGAAAAUAAACACAUCUCAUCCCGGCCCGACUGGGAGUGCUUUCCAUCCAGCUAUGUUUCAAC